AUGUCUGUGUAUGCCAAAUUCAUGAAAGAGAUUAUAAAUGGUAAACACAAAUUUAAGAAUGAUGAAAAUGUUGCUUUAUAUGAAGAAUGCAGCGCAAUCAUCCAACACAAACUGCCACCCAAACUAACAGAUCCAGGUAGAUUUACUAUUCAUUGCUCUAUAGGUUCAUUAAAAAUUGGCCAGACACUAUGUGACUUAGGGAUGAGAAUCAACUUGGUUCCAUUGUCCAUGAUGAAGAAAUUAAAUUAUGGAGAGCCAAAACCUACAAAAAUGACUUUGAGUCUGGCCGACAGAUCAGACACAUACCCAUAUGGAGUACUAGAUGACAUAUUGGUAAGGGUUUAUGAUUUAAUUUUUCCUGCAGAUUUUGUCACAUUGGAUAUUUCUGAAGAUGUCGAAACACCAUUAUUGUUAGGUAGACCCUUACUUGCUAUGGGAAGAACUUUGAUUGAUGUAGUAAGAGAAGAACUUAUUCUCAGGUUUAAUGAAGAGCAUGUAGUCUUUAAUGUGUUUGAAGCCAUGAAACACACUCAUGAAGAUUUGCAAUGUUACCAAAUUGAUUUAAUUGGUGAAUUGAUAGACAAUCUCUCGAAAGGAGAGAUUUCUUCCUCUCCAAUUGAGAAUGUAUUAGUAUAA